AUGCCAAAAGAGCGCAAUUACAAUCCAGUACAGGCUCAUCGCAAGGCUGAAAAGCUAAAGGCCAUCAAAAAGAGCAAGGCUGAACAACAAGCGCGACGAAAUGAAAAGCUUGCCAAGCGCAAUCCCUACAGGAUCCAGCAACAAAUCGAUGAACUGAAGGCCAUCAAAGAACGCGGGGGUAAGCUUAGCGCUCAUGAAGAGCAAGCGCUGGAAGCUCUCGAAAAAGACUUGAAGGCGGUUCUGAAAGCAAGAGAAGCCCUCGGCGACAAGGCGCCGCAGUUUCAACCACCCCGUCAGGGGACUCGCAGUGACGGCGUGCUUGGUAAGAGGCGACGAGAUGUUGAGGACGACGAGUCCAGCAGCGACAGCGACAUCCCCGAAGACGUCAGGAACAUCCCGAUGCCGCGCGACACGCCACCGCCCAUUCCCAAGGAAAUCUUGGAUGAGUGGUAUGCAAAGCGUAGGGCAAAGAGGAUGGCGAACCAGGAGCGCGAUUCCGAGCAACAACAGCAACAAGAAAAGCCAGCGGCGCCUGUUGUCGAGUCCAAGACCGUUUAUGAAGCCAAGCCUGUCAUUAGGGACCUACGGAAGGAGGCCGUGAGUGCCUUCAUGCCAACCGCCGUCCGGAUGAAACUUGAGAAGACUAAAGGCCAAGGUCGUCUGUUGGAGCCAGAAGAGGCGGACGAGCUUGAAAAAGCAGGCUAUAUGCCAACGGCCCAGCAAUCAUUCCAGACCCAGACCAACGCGCUUCCCCCUUCGCGCAAUGUCACCAUGGAGGAGGUCCCAGAUGAGGAGGGUUGA